AUGAUACAAUUAGUGAGGAUCCAUCAUCUUCAAAUGGAGGUGGUGGUUCUUCCGAAGAUGGAAGUGGGCGGAAAGAAACAGGUGGUCGUAGUGGUGGCGGGAAAUAUAGUAUCACAGGGAAGGACACCGAGGAAAACCAGUACAAGUAUCCUAUGUCGAAAGUGA